AUGUCUGCCGAAGAGGAUCUCAUCGAUUACUCCGACGAGGAGUUGGCUCCCAAUGACGCCGCCCCCGCCAACGGCAAGAAGGCCGAUGCGGCCGCCGCCGGCAACAAUGUCGACAAGAAGGGCUCCUACGUCGGCAUCCACUCCACUGGAUUCCGCGACUUCCUCUUGAAACCUGAGAUUCUCCGCGCUAUCACCGACUGCGGUUUCGAGCAUCCUUCGGAGGUUCAGCAAACCUGUAUUCCCCAAGCCCUUCUUGGUGGUGAUAUCAUCUGUCAAGCCAAGUCGGGUCUUGGUAAGACGGCCGUCUUCGUCUUGACUACUCUGCAGCAAGUCGAACCUGUUGCCGGCGAAUGCUCCGUCCUGGUCAUGUGCCACACUCGAGAGCUGGCUUUCCAGAUCCGCAACGAGUACAACCGUUUCAGCAAGUACAUGCCCAACAUCAAGACCGGUGUCUUCUACGGUGGUACUCCCAUUGUCAAGGAUGCCGAGAUCUUGAAGAACAAGGAGACUCACCCGCACAUCAUUGUCGGUACCCCGGGUCGUCUGCAAGCCCUUAUCAGGGACAAGCACCUGCGCCUGGGAAGUGUCCGCAUUUUCGUACUCGAUGAGUGUGACAAGAUGUUGGAUCAGAUUGACAUGCGCCGCGACGUGCAGGAGAUCUUCCGUGCCACCCCUACGCAGAAGCAGGUCAUGAUGUUCAGCGCCACCCUGUCCGAAGAGGUCAAGCCCAUCUGCAAGAAAUUCAUGCAGAACCCAACUGAGCACUAUGUCGACGAGGAUACCAAGUUGACGCUGCACGGUCUGCAGCAAUACUACAUCAAGCUAGACGAGAAGGAAAAGAACCGCAAGCUCAACGAGCUUCUUGACGAGCUUCAGUUCAACCAGGUCAUCAUCUUCGUCAAGAGCACUCUGCGUGCAACAGAGCUUGACAAGCUACUGCGCGAAUGCAACUUCCCGUCCAUUGCUGUCCACUCUGGUGUGAGCCAAGAAGAGCGUAUCAAACGCUACAAGGAGUUCAAGGACUUCAACAAGCGUAUUUGUGUCGCUACCGACGUUUUCGGACGUGGUAUUGAUAUCGAGCGCAUCAACCUUGCCAUCAACUACGACUUGUCUGCCGAUGCUGACUCGUACCUCCACCGUGUCGGUCGUGCUGGCCGUUUCGGUACCAAGGGUCUCGCCAUCUCAUUCGUGAGCAGUGAGCAAGAUCAGGAGGUACUCAAGGCAAUCGAGAAGCGUUUCGAGGUUGCACUUCCCGAAUUCCCCAAGGAGGGUGUUGAUGCUUCCACUUACAUGGCAGCUUAG